UUUCUUCUUCAAACGGCGUGGGCGGUCACAAAUAGUCGACUGGCAGUUAUGCACCAAGUUAUACGUGUUGCUGUUGUUUUCACUCGUUUCCAGACCUCGGUGUGUUUUGUUGACGAUGGAGCUGCUUCUGCCAACAAGCCAGCACCACUUCUCCCGUCCAGAUCAAAGAAAAAGAGAGAGAGAAGCUGUUUCGGAAGGAGGAGCUUGGAUCUUGACACACGCCCAGUGCCUCUCGAACCUGCCGCUUCCACCUAACAGAUAGUCGAUGCCGCCGCCGCAGUUUCAUCCGUCGAAAUCCUUUCACACGGCGCGCGAACCAUUCAAAGUACAGUCCACAUUUGUUGACUUCUUCGACUUGACACAGAAUUGAAAUUAUCUGAUAAUUAACACGAGUCCAAACUUCGUUCAAACACAGGUUGCCACGACAAUUUGCCCGCUCCAUUCUUUUGGGAACCAACAAUAUGGACGGUUCAUCUGCUAUUAGUUCACAGCAAACCUUGAUGGACUACUUUCGAAUUCCGAGCAAUCCUUCUGGAUGGUUGCCCCAGCAACACUUUGGCUCUUACAGUCCCUUCAGUCGUUACCUUUGGUCAGCAGCAGCGGCUGAAGGUUAUCCAGCGCUGGAAUUGAUUCCCUCGGCGGCCGUAACGGAAAAACCGCCGUAUUCCUACAUAGCACUAAUCGCCAUGGCCAUCCAAUCGGCUACAGACAAGAAAAUCACCCUUAAUGGCAUCUACCAGUUCAUCAUGGAUCGGUUUCCUUACUACCGAGAAAAUCGCCAAGGAUGGCAAAAUUCCAUCCGUCACAAUCUGAGCCUAAACGAUUGUUUCAUCAAAGUACCGCGGGAGAAAGGUCGACCGGGCAAGGGCGCAUUUUGGACUCUUGACCCGGCCUGUUACGACAUGUUUGAGGCCGGAAACUACCGCCGCCGAAAGCGAAAGCCGAGGAUGAUCCAUCCAGCAUCAACUCACCCAGCAACGGGGCAACAGCAGUCUCAACUGAAUCGGCGUGAGGAUAAGUUUGUUUUCAGUAUUGAAAAUAUCCUUCGGCCAGAUCCGUUACCCGAUCAGCGGGAGCAGAUCACGCCUCUCCCACUCGUCUCCUGCUAUACGGGACAGCUUGUCAAUCACCGCUUCGUCAACUCAUUAACAUAGUUAGUAAUCGGUAGCGACAGAAAGAAAGAGCGAAAAAAAAAGAAGAAAAAUCAACUUUUUUUUGUUUUCUUUUUGUGUGCAACUUCAAACCAAUUAAAGCAACUUUAAUUGGUGUAGUAGGCUUUAUAUUUAUGUACAUCUUGUGACGUGCUAUUCAUUAGCGUCUAAUUAAAAAAUGUCUGCAUCUCUCUCCCCCUCUUUCUACGUAUUUCCCCUCUUUGAUUUAUUUCUGAAUUACGUAAACGAUCGUUAUGAUAUAUAUAUUGGUGUGUGACGAGAAAGAUGAAAAACCGGUGAAGCUUAUUUGGUGCCUUUGAUUUCUACAAUUCGUCAGUUCGUUAGCGAUUUUUUUUUCUCCUUUUGUUGUUGAAUUGUCUCUCGAUCUUUGUCUCUUCAUAAUUUGACGAAUCAUUGUGACUGAUUGUCUUAAGUUAUAUAAUGAACCCGUCAUCUUUUUUCUAUCCUCUUUCAAGUGGAACAAAUACAUUGGAUUGUCAAUCAAGAGAACUUUGAACAUUCCAUCAGAAAACGCAAUAUGCAUAACGUGAUCACAAACACGGCAGCCACUGUCGACAAAGAUCGGACCUUGUUUAGAGACUCUCUCUUUCUU